AUGCCGAAUCAGGCGAAUGUUCAGCAAACAGAACAAAUUCGUAAGAUUUUUGACAGUGCCGACGUUGUUCUGCUGACAGACUUUCAAGGACUUACCGUCGCAGAAAUUAACGAGCUACGGAAUCAACUCCGAGCAGCAGAUAUCCGGUAUAAGGUCUGUAAGAACACUUUAGUAAAUGUCGUCGCUGAAGAGAGAGGCAUUGAAGGGUUGACACCUUAUCUCAAGGGAAAUACAGCCCUCGCUACCGGCACAGAUCCGGCGGCCUCUUCAAAAAUCUUGCUCGCCUUUGGCGAGGAACACGAAAAUUUUAAAAUCAAAGGCGGGGUUCUCGGGACACGGGUGAUUGACGCAGCGGGCGUUGAGGCACUUAAGGAUAUGCCGUCACGAGAAGUCCUCAUCGCUAAGACCGUUGGACUUAUCAGCGCACCCCUCAUUGGACUUGUGCGAACCCUACAUCAAGGGUCCCCCGCUAAUGGGAUAGUGAAUGUACUUAGUGGAACAAUACGUCAGGUAACCUCCGUACUCACACAGGUUGCCGAGCAGAAGAAAGAGGCGGAAAACGCCUAA